CUCUGCUCACUCCACUCCACUCUAUACAGAACAGUUGUCUGUUCUCUCAUCUUUUCCAUUUUGAAGACUACUUUACCUUCUUCAUCUCUAUCACUGUGCUCCCUCUUCAACCAGAGCAAGAGUCCCAAACCCUAACAGACCCAGAACAAAACCCAUUUGAAUUAACCCUGAAAUUUCACCUCCACAGCAAUCAAAACCGCCGUUUUUGUCUUCAGCUACACACACAUUGCAGACCCAUCUCAAAAAAAAAAAAAAAAAAAAAAAAACAGAGCAAAACCCCCCAGUUUCUUUCGGUUACAAAUCCGAAGAACCCAUCUUUUUGGCUCAGGCUUCACCACACCACGUUUGCAAAAACCCAUCUUUCUACUUUGGGGUUUUGAGCUGUAAAACCCCAAAAAAUGCAGCACCCAAAACCCUCUUACAAAACCCAGUCCUUCAUUUUUUUCCUCUGGGUUUUAAGCAAUGUACUUGUUCUCGCGACCUCAAAGUCCACAAUCGAGCCCUGCUCGAACUCCGACUCCUGCAACGCUAUGCUCGGCUACAAGGUCUACACCGAGCUCAAGGUCUCCGAAGUAGCUUCCCUCUUCCAGGUCGACCCCAUCUCUAUCCUCACCGCCAAUGCCAUCGACAUUUCGUACCCCGACGUCGAAAACCACAUUCUGCCCUCCGACCUCUUCCUCAAAAUCCCAAUCAACUGUUCCUGCGUCGACGGAAUCCGAAAAUCGGUGUCGACCCACUACAAGACCCGGCCCUCCGACACCUUGGCCUCCAUUGCCGACUCGGUCUACUCCGGUUUGGUGUCGGCGGACCAGAUUCGGGAGGCUAAUUCGAUUUCGGACCCAUCGGUGCUGGAUGUGGGACAGACGCUUGUGGUGCCUCUGCCGUGUACUUGCUUCAAUGGGACGGAUAAUUCGUUGCCGGCGAUUUACUUGUCGUAUGUGGUGACCCCGGAGGACUCGCUGGCGGGGAUUGCGGCCAGGUAUUCGACUACGCUGACGGAUUUGAUGAAUGUUAAUGCCAUGGGGAGCUCGGCUGUUAGGGCUUCUGAUAUUAUUUCAAUUCCAUUGCCUGCCUGUGCAUCAAACUUUCCUAGCUAUGCCGCAGAUCACGGCUUGAUUGUGCCCAACGGGAGCUAUGCCAUUACAGCAAGUCACUGCCUUCAAUGCAGUUGUGGUCCUGGGAGUCUAAAUUUGUACUGUGAGCCUGCUUCAUUAGCAGUUUCGUGUUCAAGCAUGCAAUGUAAAAACAGUAACCUCAUGGUGGGCAACAUCACAGCGCAGCAAACUAGUGCUGGUUGCAAUGUUAGUUCUUGCAACUAUGGUGGUUUCGUGAAUGGCUCCAUAAUCACGACGUUGUCCACAUCUCUUCGGCCUCGCUGCCCAGGACCACAACAAUUUCCACCGCUCAAAGCCCCACCCACUUCAGUAAUCCGGGAUGCAACAUUUGCACCAGCACCCGCACCCCAGUCUGAUGGCUCAAUAGCAGGAGCACCCCAGUCUACGGUGCCUUCAACGACAUCCAGUUCACUUCCAGGAUUAGCGCCCAUAGGUGGUCCUUCCGGGAGUUCUUCUGCUGCUUGCUCCUUGGUUACGCCAUUGACCAAUUUGCCAAGUGUAGUUUUGUUACUCUUGUGUGUCAAGUUCAUGAUGGCCAUCUUAUGAUAGUUUUGGUUUUGUGCUCUGCACAGUUGCUUCAGUAUUUGGACAGUCCAAAACUUGUCUUUAGUAUGUUAGCCCCACUAUCUAUUUUUAGUGUUAAAACUAAUUUUGUGGAUUUGGCAAACCAUGGGGCUUUGGUUUUCCGAUGGGUUUUGUUCAGCUCUGCUGCCAGAUUAUGCACUGUGAGGUAUGGACGGUAUUGCCAUUUCUGUAAUCUAUUCUUCUUGUUAUCGUCCUCCAGGGCUUUAAAAUAUUGCCUGUGCAGAGUUUGUUUAUUAUGUAUCGACUUGAUGAAUCAUGAUCAAUAUAUCAGUGUUCGCUUUCAAUCA